CUGACAUUGAAAUCGUGAGUGAAGGUUGCGGAGCUUUUGAAUGUCAGUGCUAUUGCACUAACAAAUGUAAUUAUUAAGUUUAACAUAAAACUAACAUGUCAGACCCAGGUCAUAGCAUCAAUGUGAUUUUUGGGGGUCAAAAGUAUUUGGUCCCUUUACCAUUGAAUAGCGAUGCAACAUUACUGGACUUAAUGAAGUCAAUAGACUCUAUUUUACACAUUCCAUUUGAUAAACAAAGAAUAAUAUACAAAGGAAGAUCUCUUACUGAUCCUGAUGCAUUAAUUUCUUCAUCCGGUCUCACUCCUGGGUCUAGAGUUAUGAUUCUUGGUUCAGUAAAUGAGGCCGUAAAACUUGUCAAGGCAAAAGACACGUCUGAUGCAGUCGAUUUACAACUAAAAGACCUCUCAAACAAGCUAGAUACUAUUUUAUCUCAAAGUAAUUCUGAUAGUUUAGAGGUAACUGCACACGUAAAGUCUACAAUUGACAUUAUGGAGCAGUGCAUGCGUACUCUUGAGCUUCUGGACUCUGUUCGGUUGCCAUACAAUUGCGAAAGUGAACGCGCUUGUCGUAAGAGGCUAGUAGACACAAUACAAGAGUUUCUUGUACAGGCGGACAAGUUGAGAGCUGAAUUUUUAAAGCUUAUCAAAACAUAA